GGGCAAAGUGAUGAUUUAGAGGACGAGAGAGAAAAUGUCCCGACUGGAGGAGAUUAAAGGGAAGAUUGAGGAGCUCCUCAAGAAGGAACAGGAAGAACUGACCAACGAGAUCUCGACAAUCGAUGGAUAUUUAAGCGAAUUAGAGCGUGUAACUAUAGAUCGUGAGACUCUCCAGAGCACAAAGAUUGGUGUUGUUCUCACCAAGUUGUCAAAGAAAGUUGAAAAUGUCUCAAAAGACACAUUUGAUAGAGUAAAUGGACUAAUUAAGAAUUGGAAAGAAGCACUAAAAUCCACAGGCAGCACACCAUCAAAGAGACAAAAAACUGAACACACUGAUUCGUCAUCACCGAGGGAACCUCCAGUUUCAGCUGAAACGCCAUAUAGCGGUGCUCUUUACAACGAUGAAAUGCGUAACAAGGCUCUUCGGUACCUCUUCAAGUCGUUUGUUUCUGGUCAUUCGUGUAAUCCCGACAUUGCCGUUCUGAACAAGCUCGUCUAUGAUAUUGAGGGGGAAUUAUAUACACACUAUAUAACCCGGUUGAAUGCACAAAAGGAAUAUAAUUUGCAGCUAAAAUCCAUAGGGUUUAAUCUGAAGGAUCCAAAUAACAAGAGUUUUAACGACAGAAUAUACAAGGGAGAGAUUAACUCUCUAGAUCUUGUCACCAUGAAGUCGAUUGAUAUGGCCAGCGACGAAAAAAAAUUACAGAGAAACAACAUUUUACAAGAAUCGCUACAAGCGUGCCAAUCCGAUUGGGCUGUAAAAAACAUUUUCCUCAAUAACAAGUCAAAGGGGCAAUUCCGUUGCUUCAAAUGCAAAUCAUCCGAUACUGUAUACCACCAAAUGCAAACAAGAUCGAGUGAUGAACCCAUGACAACGUUUGUAACAUGUCUAAAAUGCCAAAAUCGCUGGAAGUUUUAA